AUGGAGCUCUCUUCUGCGCCGGCCAUCUUCAGCCACUCCUCCUCCGCUCAGCUUCUGAAACCAGCUCUCGGCUUUAGGCUUUCGCUUCCUCGUCAUAUAAGGAUUUCCACUUCUCCUUCCACUAUACCUCGAUUUCUACGGAUGGCGUCUCAAUCUCAGCAUCACGAAUCUAUCUCCUGCGCUUCGCCUCCCGGAGAUAACGGUUUUCCGGCGAUUACCUCUUCUCCGGUCGAAUCAGCUCGAAUAGGUGAAGUGAAGAGAGUAACAAAGGAAACAAAUGUAUCCGUAAAGAUUAAUUUGGAUGGUAAUGGAGUUGCAGAUAGCUCUACUGGAAUUCCUUUCCUUGACCAUAUGUUAGAUCAACUUGCUUCACAUGGCUUGUUCGAUGUACACGUGAGAGCUACAGGUGACACUCACAUCGACGAUCAUCAUACAAAUGAAGACGUUGCUCUCGCCAUCGGAACAGCUUUGUUAAAGGCACUUGGAGAGAGGAAAGGGAUAAAUCGUUUUGGCGAUUUCACAGCUCCUCUUGAUGAAGCACUUAUACAUGUCUCAUUGGAUCUAUCUGGUCGACCAUAUCUUGGUUAUAACUUAGAGAUUCCGACACAGAGAGUAGGAACAUACGACACUCAGUUGGUGGAGCAUUUCUUCCAGUCAUUGGUGAAUACUUCUGGUAUGACACUUCACAUCCGACAGCUUGCUGGUAAAAACUCUCAUCACAUAAUAGAGGCGACUUUUAAGGCCUUUGCAAGGGCUCUACGACAAGCAACAGAGUCUGAUCCACGUCGUGGCGGAACAAUACCAAGAUUCACUAUUUUCUUCAAAAGGAGUCUUGUCACGGUCGUAAAAGAUUCAGCCUGUUGUUCGGAGUUGAUGAGGAGACCGGAUCAGUUCUCUUAA